AUGUCACAUAAAUUACAAAAAUCAAUUCCUGAUUUUCCUACAUAUGGAUUACUUCCUAAGGAGGAAACUGAAGCUGCUUCAUUUUUGAAAAAACAUCCUGAAUAUGACGGUCGUGGUACUAUUAUCGCAAUAAUAGAUACUGGUGUUGAUCCAGGUGCUGUCGGUUUACAGACUACUACUGAAGGGAAACCAAAGAUUAUUGAUAUCGUUGAUUGUACCGGCUCUGGUGAUGUAACGACCAAAGUUAUUGUAAAGCCUAUCAUCAAAAAAGAUGGAAACGAGACUUUACACACAAUUAAAGGCUUAACUGGCCGUACUCUUAUAAUUGAUCCAAGUUGGGAUAAUCCUUCAGAAGAAUUUCAUAUUGGUAUUAAACGGUUAUAUGAUCUUUUUCCAAAAGAUCUAGCCAAUAGACUUAAAAAGGGGCGUAAAGAGAAUUUUACAAAUGAACAUUAUCGGCUUCAAGCUGAAGCACAACAAAACCUCACUCUCUGGGAAGAAUCUCAUUCUAAUUGUUCAAAUCCAUCAGAAAGUGAACUUUCUACUAAAGCGGAUCUUGAAGCAAGGCUAGAAGUACUCAAAGAUAUGUUAAAAAGUUAUGAUGACCCUGGUAUAUUUUUGGAUGUAGUUGUAUUUUUUGAUGGAAGUGAUUGGAGAGUUGUUAUUGAUCUCGAUGAAAGUUGUGAUUUGAGAGGUGCACCACUUUUAACUGAUUACCGAAAGGAACGACAAUAUCACACUUUCAGUAAAGAAGAUCAGAUGAAUUUUUCUGUUAAUAUUUACGAUGACGGAAACAUUGUCAGUAUUGUUACUACCUCCGAUACUCAUGGAACUCAUGUUGCUGCCAUUUCUGCUGCAUAUCAUCCAGAUGAGCCUGUUCUUAAUGGGAUUGCUCCAGGUGCUCAGAUUGUUUCUCUUAAAAUUGGGGACACUCGAUUAAAUGCUAUGGAAACUGGUGCCGGAUUGGCAAGGGCUGCUAUUUCUCUUGUAGAAACUAAAAGUGAUCUUGCUAAUAUGAGUUUUGGUGAAGCAUCAGCUGUACCCAAUUAUGGUCACUUUAUUGACUUGAUUCGCAAUGAAGUUGUUGGAAAACAUGGUUGUAUUUUCAUUAGUAGUGCUGGCAAUAGUGGUCCUGCUCUGAGUACACUUGGCGCUCCUGGUGGAACAUCAAGUGAUAUAAUUGGGGUUGGUGCCUAUGUUAGUCAUUCAAUGAUCCAAGCUGAAUACGCGCUUCUAGAGUCAGUCCCUGAACGUGCAUAUACAUGGUCUUCUCAAGGUCCUAAUACUGAUGGUGAUAUUGGUGUUACAAUAUAUGCCCCCGGAGGUGCUAUCACAUCUACUCCGCAAUAUUCUUUAACAAAAGCUCAACUGAUGAAUGGGACUUCCAUGUCUUCGCCUAAUGCAACUGGAUGUGUAGCAUUACUUCUAUCAGGUCUUAAGGCUGAAAAUAAAAAAUAUUCACCUUAUAGGAUUAAAAAUGCUCUGGUUAAUAGUUCAAAACAAGUCAAUGAAACUUUUGGUGUUGGAUUUUUACAAGUUGAAAAAGCAUGGGAAUAUCUUGAAAAGUUUUAUGAACUUCCCGAUCAAGACCUUCUUUAUGAGGUCAAAAUUUCGGACACACCAAGAUGUAGGCGUGGUAUAUACUUGAGGGAAUUACACGAAACUUCAAGUCCACAAACUAUUAAUGUCACUGUUGCUCCCAAAUUUAUGAAGGAGAUUGACCCAGCUUCUGGAGAAAAUAAUCAAAAGAAAUUUGAACUCGAAAUUAGAUUGGCUUUGGUUAGCACGCAACCCUGGGUGCGUGUAACUGAUUUCUUGUUAAUGGGUAGUAAAGGUCGAACUUUUGACGUAAAAGUUGAUCCAACUAAUUUGACACCUGGUGGAUUAUAUUUUGCUGAAGUUCAAGGUUAUGAUACAACUUGUCCAGAUCGAGGUCCACUAUUUCGAGUACCAAUUACAGUUACCAAACCAAGUAUUUUAACUAACGGGUCUAAAGUUUGCUUUGAUAAAUUGUCUUUUGGUCCUGGUCAUAUUGAAAGAAGAUUUAUCAAGGUUCCUGAUGGUGCUACAUAUGCAGAUGUAACGCUGAAAUCAGCCGCGAAUAAAAUUACCUCACCAGCAUUUUUCUGCUUACAUAUGAUACAAUUGAUUCCACAAAGACGAUUCACAUAUCAAGAACGUGAAUAUACUUUUCGUUUUGCAAAAGGAAGUUACGGUGAUGGUAGUGGGGAAGAACAAAUUGAAAAAAAAAGCUUUGCUGUUUGUGGUGGUGCGACUAUGGAGAUUUGCAUCGCACAAUAUUGGUCUCACUCUGGAAAUCAUGAUGUGUCAUUAGAAUUUAAUUUCCAUGGUAUUCAAAUUGCAAAUAAUGCCGUAAGUAGAAAUAAGUCAGUUUUUAUUAACGGUGGAGAUUCGUUCACUCGUUUGGAAAUUAUCGCACCUGUUAGGCGGGAGGAUGGAAUUAACCCUUCUGUUCAACUUGAAACCAUCCGUAAAGAAAUUCGGCCAGCAGAAUCAUCCUUAAAACCACUUGGCAUAGAUCGUGAUGUUCAUCCAAAUUCUCGAAGAGUAAAUGCUUUAACAUUAACAUAUAAAUUCUCUACGCCUGAAAAGAAUUUGUCUCUUACACCAAGAUUUCCUGCAUUCUUUGAUUUAUUGUAUGAUUCUUAUUUUGAAGAUUUCUUUGCAAUACUAUAUGAUGUAAAUAAAAAAGUUAUCGGCCACUUAGACAUUUAUGCUAAAACCUUUAAACUAGAAUAUAAAGGAGAUUACACUAUUCGUGCACAAGUUCGUCAUCAUUCACAAGAGUUAUUAGAAAAGUUAAAUAACACUGUAUGCUUUUUAGAUUACAGUUUAACCAAAAAAGUUAAUUUAGACGUAUUUGGUCAAAUACAUGAUGUCUUUACAGCUGGUAAAUCUACAAAUGUAAAAAGUUACUUGGAAAAAGGAGCAAGGCAAGCAAUGUUUAUCGGAUCACCGAAUGAUUACUCUGUAUAUCCAAAGGAAAGUAAAUAUGGUGAUUUAUUAAUAGGGCGAUUGAAUUUUGUAAACUCUUCGAAGAUUGAUGGUGGACAAUAUGCAGUUAGUUUGUUAAUUCCACCACCGCCUGCUAAACCCAAAGAUUCUACUAAUGGUGGUGAAAAUGGAAAAGAUACAACACCUGCUGGUGGUUCUGGACCAUCUGACACUGCUGAUAAUCCACAAAAAAAAGAAGAAAAAAUUAAGGAAGAACUUUCAGAAGCAAUUCGAGAUUUACAAAUAUCUUAUUUGAAAAAGUAUCCAUCGGAAUCAACAGCUAGAGAGAAUUUACUUUCAGAAUUAGAAGAUAAUUUUCCAUCACACUUGCCAAUUUUACAAACUAAAUUGGAAUUACUUUUAGAAUCAUCAUCUUCUGGAACUAAUGAGGAAAAAGAAAAUUCGACACCUGAAACAGCAAAUAAAAUCUUGAAAAUUUCUGACGAAUUAUUAAAAAAGAUUGAUUUAGUAGAAUUGGCGCAAUAUUAUGGAGUUAAACAAGAUACAAAUGCUAAUGAAGCCGCUAAAAAGAAGAAAAAGGAGUGUGAUGAUAAGAAGAAAGCUGUCAUAUUAGCUUUAGGAUCUAAAAUCAGGGCAUUAGAUAUUCUUGCAUCAACUAGUUCAUCAAGUGAUAAUUUAUCAACGCAAUUGGAAGAAAGUUGGAAGCAACUUGCUCAAUGGUUAGAUGCUGUACCACCUAUAUCAGAUUUUAAACAGUUGCAAGUUUAUAUUAUACGCGAAAGACGAGAAAAACGAUUUGGUAAUGCUCUUAAGGCGCUUGGAAAAUGGUUUGGAGAAACUGGAUUGGGUAAUGAGAAUAUUAAAGAUUACGAAAAAGCUUUGGAAUUAAAGAUUGAAUUGUUGAAAGAUAUUGAAUGGAAUAAUUGGGAGAAAUAUGAAGAAAAAUGGAAGUUUAUUCGAAUUCCACCUGGUGGUUAUGCACCUUUUUAA